AUGGAUGAAGAUUUGAUUUUUGAUCCUUCUUUAAAGAAGAAAAAGAAGAAGAAGACUGGCUUUGAUAUGGACGCUGCACUCGCAAGUGAACAAGGCGAUACCACGAGUGUUGAGGCGCCUGCUGAGUCCGGUGACGUCGACGUCCCCGAAGAUGAAAACAUGGACUUGGAUAAUUUUGGUAAGAAGAAGAAAAAGAAGAAGAAGACCUUUUUCAACUUAGACGAAUUGGAGAGCGCGUUGCCCGAAACGAAAGAAGAAAAACCGCCAUCGGAAGAACCUGAGCAACAGGAGGAUGAAGUUAUAGAUGACUUAGAUCUAGAAAUAGAUUUUUCUAAAAGUAAGAAGAAGAAAAAGAAGAAAAAUAUUGAUGAACUGGUUAUUGAAGACGAUACUAAAGGUGAUGAUCAAGAGAGAGAGGACGAUGUCCAUGGUGAUUGGGUUGGAAGCGAUCGUGAUUAUACCUACGACGAGCUUCUGGAGCGUGUGUUUGAUAUAAUGAGGGAAAAGAACCCCAGCAUGGUGUCAGGAAAGAAACAAAAGUUCAUCAUGAGACCACCACAAGUUGUUAGAAUUGGUACCAAGAAAACAUCAUUUGCAAACUUUACAGAGAUUUGUAAAACCCUUCAUCGUCAACCGAAACAUUUACUAGACUUCCUCCUCGCUGAAUUGGGUACAAGUGGUUCCGUUGAUGGUAAUAGCCAGCUUAUUAUUAAAGGACGUUUCCAACAGAAACAAAUAGAAAAUGUUUUGCGCCGAUAUAUUAAGGAAUAUGUCACAUGUCAUACAUGCCGCUCCCCGGAUACAAUUUUACAAAAGGAUACCCGAUUGUUCUUCCUCCAAUGUGAAACUUGUGGAUCCCGAUGCUCUGUAGCCAGUAUCAAAUCUGGUUUCCAGGCAGUGACAGGAAAGAGAGCUGCCAUGCGUGCAAAGACUGCAUAG